AUGUACGCUCAGAUGCCAGAAAUCUACCUCUGCCCGUGCUGCAGCGAGUUCAGCAAGCGUGAGGAGCGCGAGCGUCUUCUGCGCGAGGCCCGCGACGCCAAGGAGGCUGAACGUCGCCGCCUCAUGCAGCUCGACGUCUUUGAGGAGCGUGCGCGGCCGCUGCCCUCAGGCGAUGUCCGUCGCAAGGCAUACCGACGAAUCAUGGAGGACGAUGAGCUGGUCGAGACAGCCCCGAGCGUGCCGCCACCGCCGAAGACAAUUGAUGACCUGCGUCGCGCCAAGAAGGAUCAGAAGGUGCCGAAGCUGAUCGUCACGGUCCACUGUGGUCGACACGUGAGCGCUGAGCACGAUGACCGGAUCUCCGUGAUCGUGCGCUGUGGUGCCUUUGAGGGGCAGACCGAAAAGGUGCUGCGCGGCAAGGAAGUGAUGGUAGCGUGGGAGGAGCUCUUCGAGUUCCCAUACAUCAACCACAACGAACCACUGGAGGUGCUCGUCGUGAACGAUGCGCUGCCCGAGAAGAAUGACCGGCUGAUCGGCGGCGUGGUGAUCCCGUGCAGCGCCCUGCAGGACCGCAGCCAUGGCGACCAGGAGCCGCUGCCGAUCAUGCCGGAGGGCAGCAUGCAGACUGGCUACGGCAGCUGCCAAGAAGGUCCGCUGGGCACCAUCGUGGCCUCUUGGUACCUGCGCGGCGCCGACGACAAGAUGGACGAGGAGGCGAUCGAGCAGCAGACGCUAAGCGUGCCGCUCGGCUGUACCUUUGUGGUUCACCACUUAUUCCAGUUCACCGACUACGGCGCGGAGCCGUACACCGGCGGUGUCCUGUGUGUGCUGCGCGACACGGACGACAACUGCUCCGAGUCAGUGCUCUACAAGCCUGGGACUCAGCCAGAGCCAUCGCUGUCGCCUUACUACGGCAAGGAUGGCUACUACUACCUCCCUGGGAAUCCGUCGCAGGUUAUGCAGCUCAACACCGAGAGGAAGCUGGGCCACAUCCUUGUAUGCGUACCGAAAAAGGAGGAGAGCUCCUCGGAGGAGGAGGAGCUUCUCGUCAUCGGCGCGGUGCCGCUGGAGUUCGAGCGUCUGUACAACAAGGGAAACGCAGUGCUGCUGAUUGAGUCCAAGUCGAAAGAAGACGCUCUCUGGGGCGAGAUCGAGGUUGAGUGGGUGAACAAACCGCUGGAUGAUUUGGACCCGCACCCUUCCUUGCUGGCGGUGCAGAAGGAGUCGCUGUUCUUUACCGUCGUCCGCGGCUUCAACCUUGUGCGCCGUGACGGCGAGCCCGUAGCGGAGGGCUACGUGUCUGUUGCCUCUGGCGAGCUGGAGGGUGUCACCGUGGAGGCGCCGGCCGUCCAGGGCUCCGACGGUAACAACGUCAUCAACUGGAACCAGGAGGUCCGCUUUGUGGAGGUGGAUCCAGCUCAGAAGGUUGUGGAAGUGCAGGUGUACGAGAAGGAUCGCCUCAUUUCUGUCGGCCAGUGCGAGCUGGACGACGAUGAUGAGGGGGUGGUUAUCGUUCAGAUGUUCCAUGCCGCGAACAUCAACGAAGAAGCUGGCGAAGUCGUUGGAAGCUACAAGCGUCUGCACGCCCCGCUGCCGGUGGGGGAGGACAUAUACCGGAAGCGCACUGCUGCCGAGGAAGCAGCCUACAGGGGUGCUGAUGAGGAGGACGAAGAGCAGGAGGAAGCUCACCGUGCCGCCGAGAUGGAUGAGAGUAACGUGCACGAAGACGAAGAGGAGGAAGAGAACGAAGAGGAGGAGCCGCAGGCGACGCGAGCAACCCCGAUGGCUGAUCGCGACAUGAGCAUCAACGAGGAUCUCUAUGAGAAAGAGGUCGACGAGGCCGCGCCGCAUGAGACGCCUCAAUGGCAGAGGAGCCAACGGGAAGAGCAGCGGCCCGACGAGGAGGAAGAAGAAGCGCCAGAGCAGCAGGAGUACCUCGAAGAGGCCCAGUCUGAGAAAGAGCUGCAAGAGGAUGCGGAGCAAGAGCCGCAGCUUGAGCCGGAAGUCGAGGAGGAGCUGCAGCCCGAGGAGGCUGAAGAUGCGGAGCAUCAGGUUGAAGAGGCCUUGGAAGAGGUGUCAGAGCCCGAAGAGGGGGAAGAGGGGCUGCAGCGGCCUGCAGCAGCGUCGGAAGAGGUGUGGCAGCCCGAAGAGGAGGAGCACCACGGAGAGCUGCACCGCCACGAGUACGAGCCGGAAGAGGCGCAUCAGUCGGAGGUCGGCGAGUUUGAGGCUGAGCACUACUGCGCCGCGUCGCGGUCUGCCGGCACGCCUACAUCGGAGGCGGAGGCGGCGGCGGAGGCGGAGGCGGAGGCGGAGGCGGAGGCGGAGGUGGAGGCGGAGGCGGAGGUGGAGGCGGAGGCGGAGGCGGAGGCGGGGGUGGAGGCGGAGGCGGUGGCGGCGGCGGUGGCGGAGACGGAGGCGGUGGCGGUGGCGGAGGCGGCGGCGGUGGCGGCGGCGGUGGCGGAGGCGGAGGCGGAGGCGAAGGCGGAGGCGGAGGCGGAGGCGGAGGCGGAGGCGGCUUACGAUGCUACCGCCGGCGGACGGCAGCGCCGCCGUCCGUCGUGGGUGUCGCCUGCCACCAAACGCAGUGGCUACAAGCAGCCAUGGUAUCCGUCUGGUGCUCCGGAAACAGAUCAGCACAUUCCCUUCUCCAAGACUAAGCUGUCAAAGAAGAACAUCGAGAGCAUUCGACAGCUGGAGACGUGCAAGUCGCGCAUCGAGGAGGAGUCGGUGCGCCGUAGCAGCACCCCUCGCCGCUCAAGCACGCGUGGUCUAUCCCCCAGCUCCCAGUAG